UGGAAUUCAUUAAAUAUUGCUUUGUUUAAUAAAAUUGUUCUGCAAUGAAUGUCACAUAAACCUUAUUUCAAAUCUUUUAGACUAAUUUUAAAAUAAUAAACAGUCUCUGUCGGCUCGUCUAAUCACCGAAUCUUAGUGAAACCUUUAGUGUCAAAAGUUCAGACUACCAAGCAAUUUUUUUUUAUCUGACAUCCGUUUUAUUUAUAUGAAAAUGUAACCUAAACAUUAAUUAUGAAAUUAUAAUAAAUAUUAGGUACGUGUACAUUAGUGCGGCUCAUCAUGCCAUUUCAUAAUAAUCAUUGUUUCUGGGUAAUGACCCCGAUGAGUCCGAAGGCUAAAGAAAUAGUUUUAAAUAUUUCAUAAUAUUUAUAAAACAUACAAUUUGACAAUAUAAAUCGCAAACAUUAAAUCAUGAUCAUUUUAAGCCUCAUUAAUAACAGAUAUCGUGGAGGGCAUUCACCGAAAAGUUCGGGGUCUCAAUGCUAAUUAGCCACGAAGAUUAGCUAAAGCGCCUCGGACCCGCAGCCUGGCCGUGGCUAGCGAAGCGCGCUCACAACCGCGAACACGAUGCGUGCACUCGGACGCUUGCCAAGCUUUACUCCAGCGGGCGUUAUUUUGCGCUCCGUAUACAUUUUCGCGUGGGUAACAGCCGCUGCUCCUUCAGACUAUGGCGUUCCUAUUGAAAUAAAACUAUGGGACACUGGGAGGACACCUCUGGCUCACAUGGUGGAUGUAACGAACAUGUUUGGUUUGAAAGUGCUUGCGGAACAUAACUUUUUAAAUGAUAACAACAUAGCGUUCUCGCCGUACGGGCUGAUGGGGAUAAUGGUGGCGCUGUACGAGGGGGUUGACGGCGAAUCCUCGUACCAGAUACAGCGGGGCAUGCAGCUACCGUGGAACAGGAACGUCAUGCGCGUCGGAUUCAGAGACAUUCAUCGUACCUUAAAGACGUAUUUCGUUCCGGAAGAGGGAUUUCUUGCGGGUUUAGCGCUAAACAAUGAGAAUGUCACUUUCAAUGACCCAUACAAAAAGAAAUUGCGUUUUUAUGGUUUUGAUUUAGAAAAUGACCAAUUGCCGACCCUUGCCCCUGAGACAAAUAAUACUACUAAUGACACGAAUACUUCCGCUACACCUACGAGUCCGACGGAGCUUGCCGACAACACAGCCGCGACUGUAGCUAUGACAUCAGCACCAACCAGAGAGGAAACUACAAUGACCACCAAUCCGAAUGCUGAAACAAUAAGCACACUAGACAUACGAGGAGGUUCAACAACUGCGGGCUCGUCUUUAUCUCCAAAUGCCGAAAGCACGCCGAUGCCUUCUUCGGUAAUAACAACCGAUGAAAGGACAACAGAAACAACAACUCACAGUACUGCUGCCGCUUCUAGCUCCGUCGCGGAGCAGACGGCAACAACCACCGCCGUCGCCCAGAGCACACCGGCAGACGAGGAAGCUGUGUCCCUCACUUCGCAAGUAGAUAGCGAACCUACAACAAAUAAUGAAGUUGAUACAUCAUCUGUAGAUACCAGUACAGUGCAGACUACGAGAAUAGAGCCCACUACAGCUCAACCGACCAUUGACAUGACAACAAGCACAGAGGCAGGUCCCGACACGACGCCGACGCCAAGCACAACACUCCAGCCAACAACAGAAAGUGCUAUAAUAACAUCAACUAUCACUACAGAAAGUACUCCAACGGAAAUUGUUAUGUCCACUACGCCGGAAACACCAACGGAACAAAUUUCUACAAUGAAUAUUGGUGACAUGACUACCGAAACAAAUACCGUAACUCCAGCAAAUGAUUCCACUUUGGAAACACUUGAACGGAAGAAGAAGUCCAUCGUUGAUUUUAUUUUCACAAAUCCUCCGUAUGUGGACGACUACUUAUAUUACAGGUCUUAUGAUAUCGGUUCAGAUGCGGCUAAUCCAGGCUUUGACGAUAAAAUGUUUUUAGCAAAUGGAUUGCGUAGCGUUCAGGUCACGUAUAUGCGGUACGACACGGUGCUAGAAUACGCGUACCUGCCGCACCUGGAGGCGUCGGCGCUGCGCCUGCCGCUGGACAGCGAGCGCUACUACCUGCUGGUGGUGCUGCCCGCGCGCGGCGGCGCGCCCGAGCUGGGCCGCCUGCUGGCCCGCAUGGCGCGCGAGUCCGACCUGGCCGACAUCUACUCCGUGCUGCGCCCUCGCCGGGUGAAGGCCAUCGUGCCCAGCUUUAUAGUAAAAGGCCAUGUCACCUUAACUACUGAUUUGCAGAAGCUCGGCAUUAGAGACGUAUUUGAACCAAGACAGCGUGACUUCACGCCCAUGACGAGACAACCGGGCGUCUACGUGCGAAGCAUUGAACAGGCUGUGUCCGUCGCCAUACGCAAAUAUCGACCCGACGAUCAGAAGAAAAAUAGAUACGUGACAACCCGGGAACCAGUAUUAUUUUCGGCCACGUACCCGUUUCUUUACUUCGUAAUGGAUGCAAACAUACACGUGGCCCUCAUGGCUGGCAAGAUGGUAGACCCUCUAAACUCCAGGAUAUUAUAGUUAUUCUUAUA